GCAACUAUGGCUCAGCACUUCUCCCUGGCCGCCUGCGACGUGGUCGGCUUCGACCUGGACCACACUCUGUGUCGCUACAACCUGCCUGAGAGCGCCCGGCUCAUUUAUAAUAGCUUUGCUCAGUUCCUGGUCAAGGAGAAAGGGUACGACAAGGAAUUGCUCACUGUGACUCCAGAGGAUUGGGAUUUCUGUUGCAAGGGCUUGGCAUUGGAUCUGGAAGACGGGAACUUCAUUAAACUUGCAGAUAAUGGCACCGUGCUCAGGGCAAGCCACGGCACAAAGAUGCUGGCUCCAGAGGUGCUGGCGGAGGAGUACGGCAGGAAGGAGUGGAAGCACUUCAUGCCAGACUCGGGAAUGGCCUGCCGGUCAGGAAAAUAUUAUUUUUAUGAUAACUACUUUGACCUGCCUGGAGCUCUUCUGUGUGCCAGAGUGGUGGACUCUUUAACAAAGCAGAACAAUGGUCAAAAACCAUUUGAUUUUUGGAAGGACAUAGUGGCUGGUAUACAACAUAAUUAUAAAAUGUCAGCUUUUAAAGAAAACUGUGGAAUAUAUUUUCCAGAAAUAAAAAGAGAUCCAGGCAGGUAUUUACACACUUGUCCGGAAUCUGUUAAAAAGUGGCUUCGACAGCUAAAAAAUGCUGGGAAAAUUCUUAUGUUAAUUACCAGUUCUCACAGUGAUUACUGUAGACUCCUCUGUGAAUAUAUCCUUGGGAAUGAUUUUGAAUAUCUUUUUGACAUUGUGAUUACAAAUGCAUUGAAGCCUGGUUUCUUCUCCCAUUUACCAAGUCAGAGGCCUUUCCGGACACUUGAGAAUGAUGAGGAGCAGGAGGCACUGCCAUCUCUGGAUAAACCUGGCUGGUACUCCCAAGGGAAUGCUGUCCACCUUUAUGAACUUCUGAAGAAAAUGACUGGCAAACCUGAACCCAAGGUUGUUUACUUUGGUGACAGCAUGCAUUCAGAUAUUUUCCCAGCCUGUCAUUAUAGUAAUUGGGAGACAGUCCUCAUCCUGGAAGAGCUCAGAGGGGACAGAGACGGGAAGCCUGAGGACUCAGAGCCUCUAGAGAAGAAAGGAAAAUAUGAGGGACCGAAGGCAAAGCCUCUGAAUAGAUUAUCUAAAAAAUGGGGCUCUUUUUUUAUUGAUUCAGUUUCCGGACUGGAAAAUACAGAAGAUUCCUUGGUUUAUACAUGGUCUUGUAAGAGAAUCAGUGCUUACAGCACUAUUGCAAUUCCAAGUAUUGAAGCAAUAGCAGAAUUACCCCUGGACUACAAAUUUACAAGUUUCUCUUCAAACAAUUCAAAAACGGCAGGCUAUUAUCCAAACCCUCCAUUGGUCUUAUCAAAUGAUGGGAAACUGACAACCAAAUAA